AUGAAGAUCCUCGAGCCUGCGCCCGAAGAGCAUGAAGAAGAAGAACCCCCAACACCAACACCCACAGCAACACCCUCCACCCCACCAAAAACGAGCGCAAUAGACGACACCGCACCGCCUACUAAGCCCCCCGAUCCCCCCAAAAUUGGCGAAUCCAAACCCUUGGACAGUGUCCUGCACAUGCCCUCCCCUGCAGACGCCGACCCCCACAAACUCCCGCACCUCAAAACGCCCCCUUACGUGCAUCAUUUCGAUACGUAUGGCCUCGUCAAAGAACUGCACAAAUCGCGCUACACGCCAGAGCAAUCCACAACGCUGAUGAAAGCCGUGCGCGGCAUCUUGAUUAACAACAUGGCGCUGGCACGCGAGGGGCUCGUGUCGAAGUCGAAUGUCGAAAACGAGACAUACCUUUUCCGCGCGGCAUGUAGCGAGUUGAAGACGGAGAUUGGCAACGGGCGGAAGAGCCAGAUUGAGCGCAUGAGAACCGAGCGCGCGCAGUUGCAGCACGAGGUGGAUAUCUUAGGGCAGCGGUUGGGGCAGGAGACGGGCACGCUCAAAGAUGAGUUGAAGGGGCUAUUUGAUGAUAGGAAAAUGGCGGUUCGGCAGGAGCAGAGGACCAUGGAGACGAAGGUGAGUUUCCCUUUCUUUGGGAUUGUGGGACGCUGGUUGCUGACGGUGUGCUAG